CAGCAACACAGAGCCGUCAGAUGGCAUCACAGUGAACGCUAAACUCACUGAUCACUGACAGCUUUCCACAUGUAACGCUUCGUGCGCGCGUUCGCACAGACACAACACAUUCUGUGAACAUCCGAGCGAGUGCUUCUUAGGACUUCACGAUGACAGCUAAAACUUUGGAGAAAGCCCCUGUGAGUCUCGGUGGCUUUGUGCACCCUCUUGCCGAUAGCAUCUAUUCGGUGGACGAGCUUGCCACAACACUGCCAGCCUCUGUGACUAUAUAUAACGAUUUAGGAGGACAUUACGAGCAGAUAAACGCAGGAGAUGGCCUGAUUAACGGGGAUAUGAGCACGGAGAAGCGCGCCCUCGACUUAGCCUACUCCAGCAGCUUCGCGCAACCAGCUGGCCCUCGCAACCAAACUUUUACCUACAUGGGAAAGUUUUCCAUCGACUCCCAGUACCCGGGAAACUGGAACCCAGAGGGCGUGAUCAACAUCGUGAGCGCGGGGAUCCUGGGCAUGACCCAGCCAUCCUCAGCAUCCUCGUCACCUGCAUCCUCAGUCUCCCCCAGCCACUUCUCCAGCACUCUCAGCUGCACCAUGGCGCAGAACCAAGCAGACAUGGAGCACAUCUACUCCCCCCCGCCGCCCUACUCUGGAUGCGGAGAGGUCUAUCAAGACCCGUCUGCGUUCCUUUCCACCUCCACCUGUCCCAUCUCAUAUCCUCCGCCAUCCUACUCCUCUCCAAAGCCAAACGCCGACUCUGGGUUGUUCCCUAUAAUCCCGGACUACGCCGGCUUUUUCCAACCUCCGUGCCAGAGGGACAUGCAGUCGAUGCCCGACCGCAAACCGUUCUCCUGCCCGCUGGACUCUUUCAAAUUACCGCCUCCUCUAACCCCCCUGAACACUAUCAGGAACUUCACGCUAGGGGGACCAGUGCCUGACGGACCCCGGCUACCCACAGCUUACACUCCGCAGAAUUUGCCCCUCAGGCCAAUCCUGCGUCCAAGGAAAUACCCCAACAGACCCAGCAAGACGCCCGUGCACGAGCGGCCCUACCCCUGUCCGGCGGAGGGCUGCGACAGGCGCUUCUCGCGCUCGGACGAACUUACCAGACACAUCCGCAUCCACACCGGCCACAAACCCUUCCAGUGUCGGAUAUGCAUGAGGAACUUUAGUCGCAGCGACCACCUGACGACCCACAUUCGCACGCACACCGGCGAAAAGCCGUUCGCCUGCGACUUUUGCGGGAGAAAGUUCGCGAGGAGCGACGAAAGAAAGAGACACACCAAAAUCCACCUGCGACAAAAAGAGCGAAAGUCCUCCUCGUCGUCCACAGGAGUGUCCAGCUCAGAGCGCGGCGUCGCCACGAGCAUCUGCUCGUCCAGUUCAAACCAGUGAACUUUCAACUGGACCGUGCAAUAUCCAACACUAUGUAGGCAAUACAAUAAUGCACCGUUCGUGUUUUAUUAAAACUGGGUGGACUGAUGAGGUGAAAUCAAACCACAGUGCCAAACAUGGACACUUUCUUUGCGCACACUUUUAGUAAAGGUGAUGCAAAGUUGUUUUUAAAUGCCUCAGUCGCAUGCUGACUGACCCAAACGCACUUUGUUUGAAUAUUUAGGCCAAUUAAUUUAAUAAUAAUAAUAAAAUAACCUUAGAUAGCACGUGGGAGAAUUGUGUCUUAGAUUUUAAAAGUUGGAAAGUGGAGUGCUUACGUUUUUUUAAAAGUUAAUUUAAACAAACUAAACUUUCAAGGAGGUGUCUAACAUCACUAUUUUCUCCCAUCGUCGUGCCUUUCGUCCGUUCAUCUUGUACAGAGAGGCGUGGAUGAAAUUGUACAUUAGCCUUUAAUAUGAAAGUUUUGGAAGAUAUAUUUUUGUACAAACUGUUUUGUGUCGUGCUUAAACAUGGAUGUAUAUAGCUGAACUAUAUCGUUUGUUCUGUGGUUGUUUGGACUGUUAUACAUGUAUUUGUUAUGAAGUGACUAACGCGGGUCAAUAAUGUCCUACUUUGUCAACUUGAAAAUAAUAAACAACACAUGAAUUGUGAA